AUGGUUAUUGAUCUUAUCGAUCGGCACAAACAAGCGCUGCUCAUGGAAGAUUCACCGGAAUUGGCACAGCUGAUGCAUCAUCUGCAGAGCUCGUCGUCGUCCGCUCAACCCGCGAUGCCCGAGUCGACGUCAACACCUGGACUCCUGCCAAAUGGUAAAAAGACAAAAGGUCGCGUCAAGAUAAAAUGGAAUACAUUGGCAACAAACUCAGACGGUAUACGACAUUUAGCUUACGAGUUAUCGACAUUAACGGGCACGCAAGUUAUGCUACUGGUCGCCUCGGAAACAGGUCACGUCUAUACGUACGCUACAAAGAAACUACAACCGAUGAUCUCUUCGGAUACCGGCAAAGCGCUGAUACAAACGUGUUUGAAUGCACCUGGAGAUGGUUCCGACUUACAACCAAAUCGAACCGAGUUCACAUUCGAAACGGGGACCGCACCACCGAAUCCACGAAAACGACGUGUCGCCGACACCUCGGAUACCACGAAGAAAAUUGGACUGGCCUACCCAGCCGUUACGGCAACCCAGAGCCAGGUAUUGGCUAUCCCGACUGGCCGAUAG